AUGGGGUUGCUGGAAUCUAUUGAUUUAUCCAGAAACCAACUCUGCGGUGAAAUUCCUCCAAGCAUGUCAGGUUUGAAUUUUUUAAGUUACUUGAAUUUGUCUUAUAAUAACUUGUCAAGAAAAAUUCUAUCUAGCACCCAACUUCAGAGCUUCCAUGCUUCUAGCUUUAUCGACAACAAGCUGUGUCGACCUUCACUCACAAAGAAUUGUAGUGAUAAUGGCAAAACACCUGAGGGGAAUGAAGGAGAUAACGAAGGUGCUACAUCUGAGGUGGAUUGGUUUUAUGUAUUUAUGGCUUUAGGAUUUGCAGUUGGUUUUUGGGCGUCUCUACUCCUAUAUUGUUCAUUAAGUCAUGGAGUGGAGGAUAGAGUUGAUGCGGAUCUCUCGAGCGAGCUCGACGCAGGGAGACCAGAAACCAUGGGUGCAAGCACUAUGCAAGAAAUUGCAUAG